CUGGGAUACGAAAACACUACUAUCUUUGCUUUGUUUAGUAGACCAAAACUCUUGUGUUUCGAAUCGGGUUGAAUAAUAGUAAUAUACACAUGUCACGAAGUCCAUGACCAAUGGAUUUAUAAAUUGUAAAAGGAAAAAAAAGCCGCGAAAAGUGUGAUUAAACGACGGGAUAUGUUUAACAGCCGUUCAAAGUCACGAAUUACGUGGAGCUAUUACUCGUCAAUUAGCUGAUCCUAAAAUCCAUCGGUUGGGAUCGAGUCCACCGAAUUCAAGAUUUUAAAAAGUUCUAAGUUUAUUAGCAAAAAAACAAAAAAACAGGUGAAAAUCAUUGGAAUCGAUAAUAAUUAUUUCGUAAAUCUCAAAAACUUCGGACCUUCUUCCUCUCCUCCAAGCGUUACGAAAAAGUGUUACAUAGUUUUUCUUCAGCCUGCGAGAACGAUAUGGCUGGUUUCGUUCUGCGAGUAAAAACGAAAUCGGGACAAAAGGUGGUAAAGGGUUUGAAGCCCACAGACCGUGUUUCCUUACUGAAAGAUAAAUUAUCGGACAUAACGGGUAUUAAGAACGAUAUGAUACAUGUACUAGUCGGUUUUCCACCAAAACCAUUGGACCUCAAUAACGAUGAUUUGACGCUUAGCGAAACCAACAUAACCUCCGGUGAUACCCUCAUAGUUGAAGAAAAAAUACGAAUAAUCGACGAAAAAUCAAAUCUUACGGCUGUAAAUAAGAAUAUCAAGAGCAUUACGAACGAGGACAACGACGACAAUAAUUUGCCGAGGUCUCAUAUCGUAAACAGCGACAGUUUCGCCGAUACACCUGGUAUAUUGAUGAAGAAAAUUGUUCCUGCUGACAAUUCGUGCCUUUUCACCAGCGUCGGCUACGUUCUCAAUGGAAAAAUCGAUCCUUCGUGUGCCAGUUACAUGAGAGAAAUAAUAGCCAAUGCUGUUGCCUCUGAUCCUGACGAAUAUUCUGAAGCUAUUUUGGGUCGACCUAACAGCGAAUAUUGCGAAUGGAUACUCAAACCUGAUUCUUGGGGUGGUGCCAUUGAAUUGUCCAUACUCUCUAGAUUUUAUGGUCUGGAGAUUGCUGUUGUUGACAGUAUUAACGCCAUUAUCAAUCGUUUCGGCGAGGAUCAACACUAUGCUCAGAGAGUUUUUCUUCUUUUCAACGGAAUCCAUUACGACCCUCUUUACCUUGAAUCACUGAAUGGUGGAAGCAUUCAAACGAUAUUUCUGACGGAAGAUGAUGGGGUAUUGGUGGCUGCAGAACAAUUGGCGCGGGAGGCAAAGUCUAGUCGGCAGUACACGGAUGUUCAAAAAUUUACGCUCAAAUGUAUGGACUGCGACGUUCAACUAAGCGGACAAGAAGCUGCCAGUCAACACGCCAAAGAAACCGGUCACGUGAAAUUUGGUGAAAUCGUCGCGUAGCCUGCUCAAAGAACAUGCAAUAGUCGAUGUUCAGAAGCUUAUGAAAACGAAAAAAAAGAGAUUAUAAAACCACCGUGUUUCUCGCGACGUUUGCGAAAUUGGAAAGCGUAUAAAUAUAUUUGUAUGUAUAAGUAUAUACAUACGUACACUUUUCUUUGAAAGUUAGAGCCGCUUUAAAAAAAAGACUGUAACGGGCGAUGGAACACAUUUAUCAUUAGACGACUCUGGUAAAUUAAUUAGUGAUAAGAGCAUUAACGUAUUCGAGCGAGCGUGCCAGUCAGUCGAUCAUCGGUAAACAUUCAAAAAAAGUAACUGUAAAGAGUCUAAAAGUUCUUUUCAAUUUGGCGAAAAAAAAUCUUGUUAAAUUUGCUGCCAAAACUUCAAAAUCUCUAUCGAAUAUUUUUUUGUAACAACGUUGUCGUCGUAAAUUUUCCCACCGAUCGAAAGAAUCAAAUUGAAAAGUUACGCGGCACGUUCGCUUUUUUUUUCCUUCGGCAAAUUACACAAUAUCAAACAGGUUAUGUGCGCAUUCUGAGCGUAGGAACUUCUUUUCUAUCACUGAAUACGCAUGGAGAUAAGACUUCGAUUAGACGAGGAAAUUCGGAGUCUGUGAUACGCAAUUGAAUUUCAGCGUAACUAUAGGUAUUAGGGUUCCUCGACAAACUUGUCAAUCACAGAUAUUGCGAUAGCAUAGCAUCCGCAAAAGUUCAAAAUUCUAUCUUGUUCAUACAUUUUUUUGGAGAAUUAUUUUUAGCAUUAUAUUUUGCUUGAAAAAAGUUCCUUAUAUUUGACGAGCGAGCACACAAAUCAUGUAACUUUUGAUGAAACGAUUCGGUAACGUAUAUGGGAAUGCGAUUUUUAUUAUGGCAGUGCACCCAAUUCUCAGUCAUUGUUUAAUCUUGGUAUCGAUCUCAUGAUACCUCAUUAAGGAAUCAUGUAAUUUUAUGCUGGCACAGAUAUACACACUGUUCUUUUUUGUGGUUCUGAAUUUUUGGUUUUUAUAAAAAACCGUAUUUUUCGUUUUAUACGGAUAAUUUUGUUUGGUAAAUUUUUUCUGGAAAUGUUGAAAAGAAACCUACUCCGUAUAAUGGUCAUUGAAAUGAAAAUUUGACAAAUAUGAAUGGCUAUAUAUCGAAAAUAAAUAUGAAAUCAUUGUAUAUUUCGGGUAUGGCAAAUAUUUUUUGUAAAGCAUCAAAUUAUAAUGGAUUUACCCAUUCAUUUAUCAUUCAUAAUUGACACAGGGUCUCCCCCUGAAUUUAGCUGAAAAUUGUUGUACGGAAUCAACAAAAACUUAAAUCAUGCGACUUAUUACUGAAAUAAUUAUCAGAGAAAAAAAUGAAUUUAUUUGCAAUAUCUUUUUGAUGUUUCGUUCAAAUAUGCACGAAAGAUUAACUGUCUCCAAUUCUUGAGUGGUAUACAAGUCUCUCUACUGUGACUACCGAAACCCGUGAAAACACAAUGUAUUUUCCGGAUGUUAAUUUGAAUAUUUUACCGAAAAAAGGUACAAUUUAAAAGUUAGUACAAUGAUUGUAAGCAUAUUAAAAUUUGUCUAGAUUUUGUUUUUUCAAAUUUGGCAAAGGUGUGGAACGUUUGGAAAUAUACUAUUUGACAUUAUUGCGAUUGCAAAUUACGAAAAUUAUAGAUUUUAUUUUCAAAUAAAUUGUGAAAUUCUAGCUCAACACGUAAUGAGUUCGAGAUUAAAAAAACUUACCCGUAUUUUGUAAUCAUUGUUUUCCUAUAUUGUUGAAGAGGGUGAACGCAUUAUUCGAUAAUUUAUCAGAUGCUCGUGAUCGCGAGGAAGAAAGAGGGUGAGAUAGAUCGAUAGAUGCAAGGUACGAAUAGAACGUUUCACAAAAAAGUCGAAUUAUCGACAGAAAAGGAAAUACUCGAUCUGUCUUUGGCGGAAUUAGUAACGCACUCAAAGCAAAAGUUGUGCAAAUUUUAAAACGAAACGUGCGGAAUCGACAUCUUACGGUUGCGUAGGUCUUAGUAGUCUUCUCAGAACAAUAUUUAUGUACUAAAUUUUCAUGAUCUCGCUCUUUAAUUCAGUUGCAAUAUUGAAUUAACGUUUAUGUGCAAAAUAAACAUUAUUUAUGGUUAAAA